CUUCAGCUACAGCCCACCGCCUCAGCUUUACAUUAGGAGGCUACCGUCAGUGAUGCAGGAUGUUGGACAACGAGGAGUUCAUGUUGGAGAAUUCCCCGCGGGAGCUCACCCAGAACCCGCUCAAGAAGAUCUGGAUGCCGUGCAGAAACGGGCACAUUGCUCAGAGACGGGUGUGUAUGACAAACUGCCCGACCCUCAUCGUGACUGUUGGACUUCCAGCUCGAGGGAAGACUUACAUAUCAAAGAAGCUCACACGCUACUUAAACUGGAUCGGUGUGCCAACGAAAGAGUUUAACGUUGGCCAGUACCGCAGGGAGUGUCUGAAGAUUUACAAGUCCUUUGAGUUCUUCCGUCCAGAUAAUGAAGAGGGCUUAAAAAUCAGACGUCAGUGUGCCUUGGCAGCACUGAAUGACGUUCGGCAGUAUCUGAGUGUCGAGGGCGGACAGGUGGCGGUGUUUGAUGCCACAAAUACAACAAGAGAAAGAAGAGGAACCAUUGUAAAGUUCGCUGAACAGAAUGGCUUCAAGGUGUUUUUUGUGGAGUCUGUGUGUGAGGACCCAGAUGUCAUUGCACAAAAUAUAGUGCAAGUUAAGUUGGACAGUCCAGACUACAUAGACUGCAACACAGAGGAGGCCAUUGAGGACUUCAUGAAGAGGAUCAAGUGUUACGAGUCCUCCUACCAGCCUCUGGACGAGGUUCUGGACAGGGAUCUCUCCUACAUAAAGAUCAUGGACGUAGGCUGCCGCUAUCUGGUGAACCGCGUCCUCGACCACAUCCAAAGCCGGAUCGUCUACUACCUGAUGAACAUCCACAUCACGCCACGCUCUAUCUACCUGUGUCGCCAUGGGGAGAGCGACCUCAACAUUAAGGGACGCAUCGGAGGAGACUCUGGCUUGUCUGCCAGAGGAAAAGAGUUUGCCAAAAGUCUGGGGAAAUUCAUCCAGGAGCAGAAAAUCAAAGAUCUAAAAGUGUGGACCAGUCAGAUGAAGAGGACGAUCCAGACAGCAGAGUGCCUGGGAGUGCCGUACGAACAGUGGAAAUCCCUCAACGAAAUAGAUGCUGGUGUGUGUGAGGAAAUGAUGUACGAGGAGAUCCAAGAACAUUUCCCUCUGGAGUUUGCACUGAGAGACCAAGACAAGUACCGCUACCGCUAUCCGAAAGGCGAGUCUUAUGAAGACCUGGUGCAGCGACUGGAGCCUGUGAUCAUGGAGCUGGAGAGACAGGAGAACAUUCUGGUGGUUUGUCAUCAGGCCGUCAUGCGUUGUCUUCUUGCAUAUUUCCUGGACAAGACUGCAGAUGAGUUGCCUUACCUUAAGUGCCCUUUGCACACAGUGUUGAAGUUGACCCCCAUGGCUUACGGAUGUAAAGUGGAGUCUGUCUAUUUAGGCGUGGACUCAGUGAACACACACAGAGACAGACCAGAGGUAGGUAUCCAAGGCAGCACUCAGAAAUGUCUCUCUGGAGACAACAAAGACAACUCGAAUCCGCUUCAGGUCUGAUUCGCCUCACUGCGCUCUCCAUCCAGCUCGUCUGUGACCGGGGACUCCAUCAGGAGAAUGUCUCGCAGUAGACUCUUGCUCUGUAAAAGCUGUGUGUGGCUUUCCUUGAUGAGUUCUGGAGAAACUCGCUGUGUGUCUUCCAUCAUAUUUAGUCUGCCUCUGAGGCAGGUAUAGCAGUCUGCGCUGAUCCGUCCCUUUCUUCUUAUAGCAUAGAGAAGGUAAAUGUUUGACACAUGGCAGAGGAAACCCUGUUCAGUCUCCGUCCUCCAGUGAUCCCUGACAGCAAUCAAGACAACUGUGACAUCACUUAUUACAUUUACACUCCUACCUCCAUCCUGUCAGCAAUCACUUCUCUCAUUUCAUUUAAGUCGCUCGGUAAGAGCAGAAAUGUUUUGUUUUUCCUACAUUAACUCUGAGAGCUCGACACACUGUAGCGUUUUGUCUCUUUUCAUGUGUUGUCUGAAGUUGCCAAGUGUGAAAACAACCAAUUUUUUUUUUAAAGUGUUAUUGUUUUUUUUCUCUAUUUGCUUGACUUUUCAGUAGUUACAGUGUGUUGGUUUCUUAGGACCACCAUAUUUACUCUGUUUAACAUCUCUGUAGGACCGGCAUAACUGGAAUCGUGUGUGUGUGUGUGUGUGUGUGUGUGUCAUAAGUAUAGAAGUACAAAUGUUUGUGGUAGAAUAAAUGGUGAAUGAAGAAGAGUACAUGACAACAAGCUCAUUACAUAAAUAUUGUUUUUAAUUGUGUUUAAAUACCAUGUAUGAUUUAACAGUUUUUUUUAAAAAUACUGAAUGAUUCUGAUGUAUUCACAGGAAUCCUGUUUUUAUACUUAUGUGUACAAGUGACAAAUACAUUUAACCUCAACAUACAUUUUUGCUGCAUAUUAAUUUACGCACAACAUAAUUUUCAUGCCAGUUUUUUAUUGAACUUUGUCUCAGUGUUACUGUUUGUUUACUGCUGAAAUGUGAAGGGUUCAUCUGCAACGCCCACUGAAACUUUAAUCUCAAGACAUCCACUCAAAUCAAGAUGUUCACUGUUGGCUAUAAAAUCAUCACUAAUGCUUAAUUUAUUUCAUUAAAUGUUAAUUUUUUUGAAGAUUUUUUGUGUUCGUGAAGAUUAUUAUAAAUAUAAAAAUCCAAUUUGAAAAGACAAAAAAAUCACUCUUUCUCCUGUUACUUUUUUUGUGCUGAGCACAUCAGUGAGCUGUUAUUUUAUCACUGACUAUAAUGUGUCUAUAAGUAUAGUUCUCUAUGUGUCAUAUUAAUGUGGGUUUAUGUUGGACCUUGAAUGAUUUGUCUAAGUAAUACAGUAAGUAACGUAUAAAUAUUUAACAGUAAAAUGCUGACUUCUGUAUUACCUCUUAAAGGAGGCGUCAGUGACUCUAGAGAAAGACAACUAUUUUAAUAUCAAGCUGGCAAGGUUAUAUCUUUAUUUUAUCUAUGUUUUAUUAAUCUGUUCUUCAUGGGCGAGCACGUAGAAGAAGGCGAGGAAUAGCUCCAUCUGAAUUGCUGAUAUUGACAUUUUUCAAUUAUUAAGUUACUUCUAUAGACUGAACCAUGAGCAUGAAUACUGUCAAAUGUAAAUCUACCUUUAAGAGAUGUAUUUUGACAAACUUUAAUUUAAAUACCACUAUUACAGCAUUCACAAGGGCAUAAACUCUAUGACUACCAGAUGAAAGAGAAAAGAAUUGUCUUAAUUAAACUAUAAUCCAUUUUUACUGUUGAUAGAGAUAUGAAUAUUAAGGGAUUACUCAACAAACAACAGUCAAUUUGUUAUCAGAUAAGUAAAGCAGGAUUAUAAUAACUCGGUCAUUUCCUCUCAUCACUGUUUCAGAAUGUGAACGUGAAGCGCACUACAGAAGACGCUCUGCAGACGGUCCCAGCUCACCUCUAAUCUCCUGCACUUCCUGUUCCAGCGGAGACCUCGUCCCACUUUCAGUUCGGACCUCUGAACUGCAUCAUGGGAGAAGUGCAGUUUAAAUGCCCGGACUCAAACUGUAAAGCACUUUCACUUAAUGUAAUCCAUUUUUAUACGUCUGUUUUGUGAACUACACAGCAGCUCAACUCCCAGUGAGGAAAACUAAAGGAAAAUGCCAUUUUUUGUAAAUGUGCUCUACUGUUGUUGUUGCAACGAUAAUACUCCCUUGACUUUCGGCACCUGUUCCCACGAUUUUAUGUUGUAUCUACUGUAUAUUGUGCACUGUCUAUACUGCCAUAUGCUUUUAGUGUUUCUGAAGAUGUUUUUACUGUAUAAAAAACAACUGUCAUAACUCAAAAAAGAAAAAAAAACUGUGAAGAGACUUAAGUUGAGAUAGUUUGAACAAAGUCCCUAACCCACUGACUGUUGAGCAGAAAUAUUGCCGAAGAAACAAGGGAACAUUUUUUAAACUUUUUUUUCUUUGUUCAUUGAUAAAUUAUUUUUUUUUAAAUGCAGCGUGUCUACUCUGCGUUAACGAAGAUGAAUCUUAAAACAUUCCAGAUGUUGAGAUAAAAAUAUUUUUACCACAAAAGGAUGAAAAAAGCAUUGUAAAUGCAACAUAUGUAGCUUAUGUUCUGGAAAUAAAAAUCUCUUAAAAAUCUUCAUCUUUGCAAGGAAGAAAAAAGCUUUGACAAAUCUUCAGUCACAUGACUGUCAUUGAAGCGGCAGUGUGUGAUUGACCCAUGAUUAUACCAUUCAAAUAAAUGCCUGUAAGUUUGACAUUAUAAAGGUGCUGUACAAACUGUACACGCAUGUUUAAUGUAAGUUGUGUGUGUAAAUCAGCAUGUAUUCUACGGUAUGUCACUUUUUUGUACUCUGUACAAUUUCUGUAAUAUUAUACAUUUGAUAUUGCAUAUUACUGUACUGAAAAAAUACAAAUUCCAAAUGCCUUGUUUGUCUCCAGCUGUCAAAAUCUCAAUAAACCUUCAUUGUUUGCUGUAAA